AUGAUCUCAGUAUUCUUCGUGUUGUCCUCUAUAGGAGAGGUUAUUGUGUUUAAAGACUUCAGACAACAGUUCACACGAACUGUUACAGAGGAUUUUAUAGAUGUAAUCAAGAAGAAGGGUGUCAGUAGGAUACCUCCAGUUCUUGUUAUUGGUAAGAAGACGUAUGUGUCUGUGUUCAGUAGUGGGCUUUACUGUGUGGUGGUACUAGCUGAACCGGACCUCUCCCCACUUUAUGUUAUAGAGUCUCUCGGCAGAAUAGCAGAGAUAAUAAAAGAUUACUGUGGCACUCUCAACGUCAAAGCCAUUCGAGCCAACCUGUUCUUAGUCCACGAACUACUGGAGGAGAAUCUUGACUUUGGGAUCUUUCAGUGUUUGAACACCUCAGAUCUGAGAACGUUAGUUCACUACGAACCUGUGGUGGUACACAACAUCAAGGAAGAAGUGGGCUUCUCUCCAGACGCCAUAUUCGACCUGGGACUAAACUUUCUGAAUCAGAUGCAGAUAAGCAGUAACGCUGCCACCAAACCACUGGCUAUUGGAGCUCAGAAACAGACGGAGGAACGAAACGAGAUAUUUAUAGAUGUGAUAGAGAAGUUGAACAUAACGGUGGAACGUGACGGUGACAUCUCCUCGGCAGCUAUACACGGCUCUAUCAGACUGAAGAGCUUCCUUCAUGGGGCCCCAGACCUCAAGAUAAUGUUAAACAGAGAUCUGUUUGUAGGGGGCACACCUCCCGAGUACAAAAAGAAAGCGAUUGUUCUGGACGAGUGUUGUUUCCACAAAUGUGUUAACAGAGAGUUGUUCAGCUCAGAGAGAACGUUACACUUCAAACCUCCCGUUGGGGAAUGUGUUAUCUUUACCUACAUUAUCAGAGAUAAGCUGAAGAACCCGCUCCCCUUCCGUAUGUCAGUAACCUCAUCUGCUGAUCCCGACUGUAAAGAGGUGGUGAUGACGAUAAAACUCAAGUGUAACAUCCCCACUAACAAGAGAUGUUCAGUGAUAGGUCUAACGAUCCCCUUCCCGUACGAUGUAACAAGUGUACACUCUAAUGAUAAGACUACAAAUGUGACUGUGUCCUGUAAACGAGUUAUACACUGGCAGAUCCCACAUAUGGACGGCGGGAAUGAGAAACAUGUCAUUUUGAAGGUAAAACCGAGCGGAGAGUGGCCCGAACACCCAACCAACAAUAUCGGACCUAUUUCCAUAUUGUUCGAGUGUCAGAGUUACACCUGUAGUGACAUUAAUAUAAAAAAACUGAAGGUGACAGAGCAAAGACAGAAUUACCUUCCCUACAAGUGGGCACGAAGUGUCACUCACGGGGAAAACUACAUAUUCAGAGUCUGAUGUUACACUGGCCUGGUGUGACACUGGUGUGACACUGGUGUGACACUGGUGUGACACUGGUGUGACACUGUUGUAAUAUUGCUGUGACACUGCUGUGACAAGUUUUCAGAGCCUGUUGGCUGGAAUUGCAUUUGUAGUUUAAUCCAUAAAGAAUUAUUGAAAUGGUAACCUUAAAACAUCCAGAAAUUAGGAUUUGAAAAGGGUUGUCACUGUUACGACGUUGCUGUGACGUUGCUGUGACACUGUUGUAAUAUUGCUGUGACACUAUUGUUGUUGUCACGAGUGGCUGAUGUGCUGCAUGAUACCAUGAUGUGAUGUUGUUAGGUCAGAUUGCGAGACUUCCCCUGCCUCACAGCUUCCAUAGUCCUGAAUUAUUACUUUAGUCUUCGGUGUUCUGAUUUAUAAACUAAUAAGUAAUAAUGAAUAAUAAUAAUUAAUAAUAAACAAUAAGAGUUACAACUUGGUUCGGAGUUAUUCCAAACAUCAUCAUGAUAUGAACUAUACCAGCAGUAACUUGAGUUGGUUUAAAUUUCAAUUAUUUUCAUAUCAGAUUUGUAUUUUGCAUUGAGUGAAGUAUCGGAUAACCAUUAGAUACUGUAUUUCAUUUAGGUCUUCAUUAAUUUUUACCCAGUAUUGCCACUGAACCACUGUUUAUUUUGACGAAUUCCGAGUCUAAUUUUAAAUAUGGCAAAUUUGGCAAAUUUAUGGCCAUUGUAUUGGUAUUAAAGUAUUAAACCUUGCUUCAGAUUUUUUUCGGAAUUCGUUUUCACCUUUAAUGUUGAAAUACCUUUCAUAUCACUACAACUAGUUCAUCGUUGCUAUUUUCUUCAAUUUUUCUAAUACCUGGUUAAUUGGGGUUCGACAUUGCUGCUUGUUCACAAGCUCUUUAUCCUUAAUUAAUGAUUAAGUUGGUUAUAUUUGCUGUUUUGAAUUUGAUUGUUUUACGUAUUUAAUUGUAAUUUUGACAGAAAAAAUAUUUUAUCC